AUGUCAUCGUCAAAACGGAGAGCGCCGCUCAGCAUUGACUUCAUAAUAGUUGGAGCUGGUAUUGCCGGCCUGGCCACCGCGUUUAGAUUAUGCCAGGCAGGGCAUCGUGUUCGUGUUUUAGACAAGGCUGCAGGGCCAAACCGACGCGCUGGUGGUACCCAUCUCCCACCUAAUGCUACCAAAGUUUUGAUGGAUUGGGGAUUCAAGGACGAACUACUGAAACACGGACUGAGCACACGUGCUAGCACAUUCAUUUCAAUUGAUACUGGAAAAGUCAUAGGAUGCCUCGAAUGGAAGGAAGACGUUCUUCAGGAGACAGGAGCGGAUUAUAUGGUUAUACGUUAUCGUGACCUCUACGAUAUGCUAUAUCGUGCAGCGAUCAAUGCGGGUGCCCGUAUUACAUACGGCGCAACGGUCACCAACGUGCACGCAAACCCGCCCCGCGUUGAGCUUCAUGAUGGCACUGUCCUCAAAGCAGAUAUGGUUGUUGGCGCUGAUGGUCCACGAAGUACAGUCCGCGAAGCGGUCGGAGGGUGGUCAAGCGAAGAGGUGCCAGAAGGGCACAGUGCUUACGUUGCGAUUAUAUCCCGGGAUGUCCUUCAAAAUGACCCCGAGCUCAGCGACCUGACGCGAUUUCAUGAAAAUAGACCUGACUACCCGAUAUGGACUGGAGACUCUAGACAUGUCAUAGCCUUCACGGUGGCAGGAGGGGCUGAAUUUGCGAUCCAUGCAUUUUUACCUGACAGCGAGGUUGACGGCAUUGGCGACAAGGAUGGUUGGGAUGUGAUCGUCCCUCGAGAAAAGCUCCCUUUUCAUUUUGAACCGAAGCUGCAGCGCUUGCUGGAUAUACCUGCUACGUAUCAGAGGGUGCGACUUUUCCAAAGAGAAUGCGCUGAAGAAUGGACAGAUGAAUCAGGAAGGCUGCUCAUUAUGGGAGAAGCUGCCCACCCAUUAUAUGCAAGUCUAUAUGAACUCCGAACUCCGAACGAUAAUAAUAACCAUCCGCAGCCUUGCGUUCUACAAAGUUGCAGUAUGCAAAUAGAGGACGCUGAAGUGCUCGGCACCCUCUUCUCUCGAUUACGAGCCUGGGAUCAAUUACCCCACUUAGCUGAGGCGUUCCAGGAGCUGCGCGAACCACGUACGCGCGCCAUAUACGCAAAGGAGACGAAGGCUUUUGAUACGGUAUGGGUGGGUCCUGGGCCACAACGUGAUGCACGAGAUCAGGCCCUCUACGGCAUGAUGAUCGAAGGGCACAAGGGCUGGGACGAGACGAAAAUGCGCUGGCAGUGGGAUGAGAUUUGCGAGGUCUUCGGCUAUAAUGCGCGGGACGCAGCUGAAGACUGGUGGGUCAUGUGGGGUAUGUUGAGAGAGAGAAGUAUAACAAGGGAAGGAUAUUGUCCUUCCAGUUAUACUGUGCCUUUCUGUAUGGGGGCAACCGUCACACAUUACGCAGAGCUGCGUAACUGA